AUGUCCGCCGCGCUGCCCCCCGGCGAGCUGGACGACCGGCCGCCGCGCUGGGAACACGCCCCGGCCCUGCACCGCGUCCUCACCGUCCUGCAGUAUGCCUACCCGCUGUGCAUGCUCGUCUUCUUCCUGGCCGCCUUCACCAUCCGCAGCAUCGCCGCCGUCAACUCCAACACCAAUAUUGCCCAGCCCACCACCACCGGCCCUGGAGGCAAGCCGCUGCCCGCCACCGACCCCACCCGCAACUUCGUGAAGAAGACGGCCCAUGACGACGUCACCCCGACCCAGAAACGUGUCUUCGAGUGGGUGUCGCUGGCCGUGGCCCUGACCUUCUUCGGCAACUCGCUGCUGGUCAUCGCGCAGGCCGUCGCCAAGCAGAGCGAGCACUGGUGGUGUGGCCAGCCCGUCGUCAUCUACCUCGUCGGCUCGUUCUUCGUCUACAGCCUGUUCCUCAUCUCGCUCCUCGACUCGAAGCCGUCGCCAACCGCCGCCCACCUCUCGACAUGGGCCGUCGGCCUCGUGCUCGAGGUCGUCCUCGUCGCCCUCUCGCUCGCCCUCUACACACACGCCCACUACCAGCCGACCCACGGCCACCCCGAGAACCCCAAACUGCGAUUCUACAUGACCGAGUGGGAGGCUGCCGAGGUCGCUAUUGACCUGCUGCGUAUCGUCCUGCUGCUCGCCCUCAUUGCCUUUUACACCAUCUUUGUCGUUCUGCCGCAGGCCAGGAAGACCUCGGAGGCUGGCACCCCGGCCGAGAGCACCUCGCUCCUGGCCAACGGCACCAACCGUGCAGAGAAUGGCCAUGCAAACGGUGCCAAUGGAGCCAACGGAAACACAUCCUACGGCUCUGUACACCCGGUCGGAGGCAAGCACCAACACACCGAAGGCGCACCGCCCGCCUGGAGCAGACCGACGGGUGCCCCAACCCGCAGCUGGUGGGAAUACAUCAAAGGCUACGGUGUCUUUUUCCCAUAUCUCUGGCCGUCCAAGGAUGGCCGACUACAGAUUAUGGUGGUCGUCUGCUUUGUGCUAGUCAUGGCGCAGCGUGUGAUCAAUCUGCUAGUCCCUGAUCAGCUGGGCCACAUCGUAGAUCGUCUGGAUCACAAGGUCCCUGGCAGCCCGUGGACAGCUAUUUGCAUGUUCAUCGCCUUUCGCUUCCUGCAAGGAACCAAUGGUGUGCUUGGAGCCGCACGAUCCGCACUCUGGAUCCCUGUCUCCCAGUACUCUUACCGCGAACUCUCAGUUGCGGCAUUUGAGCACGUGCACAGUCUUAGUUUGGAUUUCCACCUCGGCAAGAAGACAGGUGAGGUGCUCUCGGCUCUCGGAAAGGGAAGUUCGAUCAACACUUUCCUUGAGCAGGUGACGUUUUCUGUGGUACCCAUGUUAUUGGAUUUGGGCGCUGCUAUUGGCUACUUUUUGGUCAAGUACGAUGCGUACUAUGCACUAGUCCUUGCCGUUGUAACUUUCUGGUACAUCUAUUUGACCAUUCGAAUGGCGCAGUGGCGUGCCGAGAUCCGUCGCGAGAUGGUCAACGCCGACCGCGAAGAGGAUGCCGUCAAGAACGACUCCAUGGUUUCCUACGAGACAGUCAAAUACUUCAACGCCGAGGCAUACGAAUUCAAUCGCUACCGAGAAGCCGUCCAGAAAUACCAGGAUGCUGAGUGGAAAGUUCUGCUUUCCUUGAACAUCAUGAACAUUACACAGAACAUGGUCUUCAUGCUCGGUCUCCUGAUAACAUGCUUUAUAGCCGCCUAUCAGGUUACAACUGGGGCUAUCACUAGCGGAAAGUUCGUCACGUUGAUCGUGUUCAUGGGUCAGCUGCAGAGCCCGCUCAACUUUUUCGGCACUUUCUACAGAAUGAUCCAGUCUGCCAUGAUCAACUCUGAGCGCAUGCUCGAGCUUUUCAAGGAGACCGCGACAGUGGUUGACAAAGAGGGUACCACCGAGUUGCUGUCCUGCAAGGGCGAUCUGAAGUUCAAGGACGUGCACUUUUCGUACGACAAUCGUAAGGCUGCCUUGACUGGUCUCGACUUCCACUGCCCACCGGGCACUACGACAGCAUUCGUUGGAGAAUCGGGUGGCGGCAAGUCGACGGUCUUCCGUCUUUUGUUCCGCUUCUACAACACCGUGUCCGGCAGCAUCCAGGUCGACGGAAACGAUGUUACAGACCUCACCAUCGACUCAGUACGCCGCCACAUUGGAGUUGUCCCUCAGGACACUGUCUUGUUCAAUGAAACACUCAUGUACAAUCUCAAGUACGCUAACCCUGAGGCGACUGACGAGCAGGUCUACGACGCUUGCAGAGCCGCCAGUAUCCACGACAAGAUCCUCACCUUCCCAGACAAGUACGACACCAAGGUUGGAGAACGUGGACUUCGCCUAUCUGGUGGUGAGAAGCAGCGUGUUGCGAUUGCCCGUACCAUCUUGAAGAACCCCAGGAUUAUUAUGCUGGAUGAAGCCACCGCUGCUCUGGACACUGAGACAGAACAACACAUCCAGGAGGCCUUUGCGACCUUGGCGCAUGGCCGUACCAUGCUCAUCAUUGCCCACCGACUCAGUACCAUCACUCACGCCGACCAGAUUCUUGUUUUAAACAAGGGCAAGGUGCAAGAGCGAGGAACACAUGAGGAGCUCCUCGAGCGCAAUGGUCACUACGCCGCAAUGUGGAAGAAACAAAUCCGGGCACAACGAGCGGCUGAGCAGGCCAAGGUACUCAAAGACAAGGCCGAUCGUCUCCGCCGACAGUCGAAGGAUGCGUCGAUCGACAACGAUGGCAGCAGCAGCCACUCGAGCUCUGAGGAUGAGCAGGCCAAGAAGCAGCGGAACAUCAACCAGCUGUCCGGCUCCUAUCGUGAUGCAGCCUCUUCAAAACCGCACGGGCACCCCUAG